AUGCUGAGUGUCCUUCGCUCCGUCGCCCCACAGCCUCAGCACCAAUCGACCUCAACCGCCGACUCGCGCGCCAGGUUCAGAACGGUUCUUGGACUAGGUGCUAUACACAGAGGCUUCGAUCCUGCCAGCACACGGCCUACAAAUCCUGCACUGUCCCACUCGUUGACUAGACGGAGCGUCGAUACCAUCACCGGCAACAAUCUUGAUUUGGGGCACUCCAGAGAUCGCUCAAGUAUCGUCGUCGACUCGUCUUUCUUCGACCGCGAGCUCUCCACGAUGAAAAACUCGACCGAGAUCCAGUCUAUGCCCACCCGUCGGAUCCCAUUUCGGAUAGACAACCAAGAUGGGCCCUGGACUAUCAGCGUGGCGGAGAUGCCACAUGACCCCUCAUCAUACAGUAUAUACGUUAAGACGCUAACACAUAAUAUCACUCUCACCCGUACCGCGCAGGAGAUAUUUGCGCUGCAUGGAAAGCUGCGCGAUAGUCAUCCCGGGGUGAAAAUGCCCAACUUUCCUAUCGACAGUUCCUCUGUCUCCGCACCUCCAAAGCGCAAGUCUACAUUCCUCAACACACUCUCAAGACUGGCCUCGCCCUCGAGCAAGUCAUCUCUCCAGCGACAAGUCUCCGGCCGUCGAUCUGCAACAUCCAGCCAUGCGGCAAGCAGUACAACGACUAGCGUCGUUUCUUCGACACAACCUACCCCACUGUCGUCUCCGAAGCAGGAGUUUUCUGAUCCAUUUGCAGAAAAUGACGACGAAGACGACUUGCAGGCAUCACUUCCCCCAGCUAAUAGCACCGUAACAGGUCUUGCGGCCUACCUCACAGCAGUAGCAAACGACUCUUCCCUUCGACAGACGCGUGUGUGGAAACGGUUUGUAAGAGUCCGCACGGAUGACCUACAAAGCGUGCGAGUUGAGCGGGCGAUAAAACGUGUGCGCUCGGACCUUGCUGCGCACGUGAGUCCCGGAAACAGGAAUUCGUCGGAAAUGCAGCGAUCAAUUAGCCAGGUCGUAGCGAAUGGAGAUCGGGACAGAGGUGUAUUGCCGAAGGUCGAUGGUCUUUCCCGGGUUGUUGCAAAUGCUCCUGUAUCUGCAGAUGAGGAGACUGGUUUUGCUGAUAGCAGCGCCGCGCAGGAGGACAUCAAGGAGGAGGAAGAUGUGGAGAUCAUAGAACACAAUCCAGCGCAGACAUCCGUAACUGGUGAAGAUAUUGCUCAUGUUGCAGAGUCAGGGCAUAAGCCCGAUGACCAGGAUCGAGCGCUCACUCCGCGAUCACCCAAGCCUUCCGCAGUCGUUCUCCAGGAUGUGAUAGCGAGCUCCGAGGUCGUUAAAAAUGUUCUCAACGGGAUUGAAGCCCGUACAGAUGAAGAUAUGCCGUCCACCCCUGUGGCUUCGGAUGGCUCCUCGCAUGCUACACGUAUUCCCCGUUCUCAAUCAGCUGAUCCAAUGUCUCGCGCGUCGCGAGUAUAUCUGUCGUCUCCGCUACAAAGCGACGCAACAUCGUCUAGGACGUCACAAACUGGAGACUCGUACGACGACUCUUCCAUCUCGACCACGGGGAGACGUGCAUCUCGAAAGAAGCGCAGCAAGUCAAUGGACCCGAAUAGUGAGAAGAAGAAGUCUCAGCGGAAAGUGGCCAUCGACGAUUUCGAGAUGAUGCGCGUGCUCGGUAAAGGCUGUGCGGGCAAGGUGCUUCUCGUUCGAUACAAGCCAUCCGGCGAGGUAUAUGCAUUGAAAGCUAUCACCAAACGACAUGUGCUGGCUCAUCAAGAACUGCAACAUACGUUGACCGAACAAGCUGUUUUGAAGCGAAUGGCAGCGGAAGGCACCGAUCCAUUUGUCGUGAAGCUAUGGUGGAGUUUCCACGACAAGGAGAACCUUUUCUUGGUCAUGGACUUUCACCCUGGCGGGGACCUAGCUACUCAACUAGCGCGCUGGGGUCGCUUGGGACGUGAUAGGGCACGAUUUUACGCUGCUGAAAUCGUCGAGGGCGUAGAAGGGUUACAUGCGGCAGGCGUAAUCUACCGCGAUCUGAAGCCCGAAAAUAUCCUCAUCGCUGCAGAUGGUCACAUCGUCCUCACAGAUUUCGGUCUAUCGAAAGAAUUUCCCCGUCGCACAUCGCCUAUCACGGCUCCGCCGACGCCGUCUGGAUUGAGAGGUGACUUCACUGCUGGCAGCCCUACUGCUGCAACCCCUCACUGGAUGAAGGGCGAGAAAGGUGAAGAGCUGUCGAAUAGUUGGACGCCAUCUAGUACAAUCGAUACGACGACGACGUUCUGCGGCACAGCGGAGUAUCUCGCACCUGAGGUAAUACAAGGUCAACAAUAUAGUUAUGAGGUCGACUGGUGGAGCUUCGGUACAAUGCUAUAUGAGAUGUUGACAGGAAUUACACCAUUCUGGGCGAACAAUCAUUCAGAUAUGUACUACAGAGUCUUGCAAGACGAGCUUCAGUUCCCAGAGGAUAGAACAAUGGACCAAGAUACAAAAAGUUUGAUACGUGGAUUACUUCAACGUAACCCCGCGUUGCGGAUGAAGGAACCCCGCAUAAAGAAGCAUCCCUACUUCUCAAUGAUAGACUGGUCUCAUGUGUAUUAUAAACGCUACAUACCCCCUUAUGUUCCACCUAUCGAUCCAUCCAACGCUAGUGAUACCCAGAACUUCGACGAUACCUUCCUGGACAUGGUGCCAGUAAUCAAUGACGAGAAUGAGAAUGAUCAGUCUGAUACUGAUCAAGACCGUCACACGGACACCGACCGCACUGAUGGCGAGGACUCCGUUGCAACUCCAUUGCAGUCCCGCAGUCCGUCUGUGCACCCGGGAGAGGACGAAUCGGUAGACGUAUUCGAUGGGUACUCCUUCAAGGGGCGGCAUUCGAUCAUAUUGGACGAGGAUGCUGAAGCAGAAGAUGAAGACGAGGAUGACGAGGAUGAGGAAGAAGAGACUUCUGCGAGCGCGACCAGUACAGACAGCGUGCUUCUGGAACAGCAGCUGUCUCAGACCGCUAUCGGCAGUGCCGAGGUAGUGGAGCAAGAUGCGCCUGCGGUGGAAGAAAGUCUGGAACCGAAAACGCCGGAGGCCCGACCUGCUCCUCUUCCUGUACCUCAGGCUCCAGCAAGUCCUAUCCGAGAACAGCUUCUCGCCAAAAAAGCUGCUCGACGAAGUCAGGACAUGUCGGUGCUAUCAAGAGCAGAGCCCGAGUCAGCGCAACCUGCAGCAGCUCCAGCUGUCGUGGAAGAACCCAAGCCUAUCAAGCCGAUCGUCAAGCCUCAGCCACGUCCAAACGCUGCCCGACAACGGGGACGAAGGGAAAAAUCUGGUAUCCCAGCCCUGGAUCGCGAUCUCUCCGAUGCGCACGAAGACGGCAUCGCUGCUGAACGCGAUGAGGAUGAUGACGAUUGGGACUUUGUCGAGGCUGAGGUUACAGAAGAGCGUAAUGGCGCCAAGGGAACUAGUCUGUUUGCUCGCGGGGUCGUCGAUCGAUACAAGCUUGCUGUCUUCCGAAAGUCUACUCCUCGUCGGUCUGGUGGCCCUCGCUCUUUCUCAGGGUUAUCGGUAGAUUCAGACCUUGGCGGCACUGAAUCUCCCGAAUCUCCGUCUCCUUCGGACAAACAGCGUCGGGGAAGGAAUCCAGGUCUCACUUUCCGCAAACAUCCAAGGCAGUUUCUCCGACAGAAGUCUCCUCAUUCGUCAUCUAGAUCUACUGCAGCUUCAAAGACGUUGACGCACUCAACAUCCGCGACAUUGUCGACGUCUUCGAGCGCCGGAAUGCUCUCUCCAGCUACUUCUGCCAACUCGACAUUACCGGACUCUCCUUCAUUAAGGUCUAAAGAAUCGGCUAUAUCUAUGCUUUCACCCAGCGAAUCGUCAGACUUGUCAUUCAGUGGUGAAUACAGAGGGGCUGAUGGCACGAUUCGGGGGGCCUCUGUUGUUUCCCUCGAAGAAGAUAAGCAAAAGAGCAAAGGCUUGAAGAAGUACAAGGAAGGAGCGGAAAAGGUUUUAUCUAUUUUUCAAUCACCGCGUUGA